GUACCUCGGGGGAGAGGACGAUUUUGCCGAUGGUGCUUGAACCCGAGCAACAUUGUUCUAGAAACCCCCCCGAGGACACGUGUCUUCAUCAUAGGCUUUUUCAGAAGAGUCCCAUCAUUUACAAUCCUACUACCCACCAAUUCAUUACGCUUCCUGAUCCUACUGGACGAAGUUUCAAGAACACUCGCGGUGUUCAAUUGGCCUUUGAUCCGUCGAAAUCACCAUGCUACAAAGUUGUUUGUGUUUAUUCAUCUGUGGGAUUGCCUGAACAUUAUGAAAUUGAAGUAUAUUCAUCUGAAACCGGUCUUUGGAGGCGCUCUGGUAAUCCUUUCCGCUCAUCUGUUACAUUUAAGAAAGGGGUUUUCUGGAAUGGUGCUAUUAAUUGGUUCAACUCCUCGGGCGAUUUUUUAUGUUUUAAUGUUGAUGAAGAGUGGCUUCGAACGCUGGCAAUGCCACCGGCUCCCAAUGGUGGUGAGAAGAGGAUGGUUAAAUACUUCGGGGAAUCUUGUGGCCAUUUGCAUCUUAUUGAGAAUUAUGGUCCUCCUACGAUACAUUUCAUUGUCUAUGAAAUGGGAAGAAAUUACUCUGGUUGGUUUGUGAAGUACGUUGUCGAUCUUGACCCAGUUAUGAAAGCAUUUCCAGAGUCCAUGAACAGAGGUGUGGGUUCAUCAGACUUGAAUUAUUACAUGUUUCUUAUACUAACUCUUACACGAAUGGGUAAUGACGAGGAGUCAUUUCUAUUGUUUACUUUACCUGCUAAGGCGAUGCGUUACAAUUUGUCGGACAAAACUUUUGAGAAGGCUUUCGACUUUGAAGAAGGUCGUGUAAGAAGGGAGAUUUUCCCAAUUGUCCCAUGGAAUGAUGCAUUUCCAUACAUUGAGUCCCUCGCUUGUGUGUGA